AGUCAGCUAAAGUAGUUUCAAAAUAAAUUAAUGAAGCGUUAAGUUUGAAACAUUGAAUGUGGAAUUCUCGCACUUCAUCCAUAAUGCCUAGAUGGUAGGACGAUUGUUCAAUGUUCGUUGUCUAAUAUUAUUAUAGUAUGUAAAUAAAUUAUAAUAAUAAAUAAAGAAGAUUUUUGAUCACAAUUUAUGCAAAUGUGGUUAGUAGUCAUUAUCAACAACCUUUUGGUUGCGUGUCGGUUUAUUUUCAAUAUGUAAACAAUCAUUUGGUUGCGCAAUACCAUAAUCAGCUGUAAUUUAAAGAACGUUUUCGGAUUAAAAUUACAAAAUUGAAUUUGUGGUUAGAAGGCGGAAAAAUUGAAAAGAUAUUAAUAGAAAAAAAAACUAGUGAAAAUUGCCCAAAAACUCAAGAAGAAAAAUGUUUCGCAGUCGGAGUUGGUUUGAUGGCGCUUGGAAUAAACCUAAAAACCGUUUAAAUACAACGGUAUCUGAGAGUAAUAGGGGUUUGCUGACAGAAUCGUUAAGAAGUAUAGCGGAAGUUUUAAUAUGGGGUGAUCAACAUGACAGUUCGGUUUUCGACUUUUUCCUGGAGAAAAAUAUGUUAUCAUACUUUUUGCAUAUAAUGCGUCAACAAAGUGGAGGUUCCAGUUUUGUAUGUGUUCAAUUAUUACAAACUUUGAAUAUUCUCUUCGAGAAUAUACGUAAUGUAACUUCAUUAUGUAGGUUGAGGCUAAUGCUAUUAUCGUCAGAAGUUCGGCUGCUUGGGAAUUACAUUCUAAAAUUUUAAAAUUUGCUCCAUAAUUUUCUAAAAUUUCCUCGGCGGAUGUUAUUGCCGGUAUGGGCGAACUGCUGACACUGUUUUCAUCAGCAUCAUUGCUUGAAGGCUUGAAGGGGACCUCAUAAAUUGCGUGUACAUACCCAAGACUACCGGGUAUCUGUUUUUGGUAGCUGUUUAGGAUCAAAAGUUUUAGCAAGUGCAUUUACGGUAAUAAAGCGAUAAUAAAAUUGAAAUUUGAACUCAUAAUGAAUUGAAAACUUUGCAAUUUUCCAGUGGUUGCUUAAAGCGGUGUCCCUCCAAGAUUAUAUAUGGCGGAUGCAAUUUUUUUGCUUGCUUUAUGCAGUCUAAGCAGUGAGGUGUAUCCAUCAUUCGGUAGACACAUUAUAUAAUCAUAAUACACUUAUAGGUUUUACUUAAUGUCUAUUA